AUUCCUCGACGUUUCACAUGAGGCGCGUCUUUUCCUUUGGUGACGCACUUCCGCUCAGUGUACCUGGUGUGCUGCGAUAUUUUGCCAGUGUGGCGGCGGUAGUUGGCGUUUCUGUAGUAAAGUGUAAUAUUUUUUGGUAAUGGCGGCUAAUUUAAAUGCUUUACACAGUGACUCUUACAUUGAUAUCAGUCAAUACAGAGACCAACAUUUUAAGGGUAACCGCUACGAGCAGGAGAAACUACUGAAGCAGAGCUGCACUCUCUAUGUGGGGAACUUGUCGUUUUACACAACAGAAGAGCAAGUCUAUGAGCUGUUUUCCAAAAGUGGCGACGUGAAACGAAUUGUCAUGGGUCUCGAUAAAAUCAAGAAGACUGCUUGUGGAUUUUGUUUUGUAGAGUACUACACUCGUGGAGAUUCGGAAAAUGCAAUGAGAUUUAUAAAUGGCACAAGGCUGGAUGAUCGAAUUAUAAGGACAGACUGGGAUGCUGGAUUCAAGGAAGGAAGGCAAUAUGGACGUGGAAAAUCUGGUGGACAGGUCAGAGAUGAAUACAGACAAGAUUAUGAUCCUGCCAGAGGUGGAUAUGGAAAACUAGCUCAUCUACAAAGAGUAGCAGAUGGGAGACAGAAAUACUAAUUAGUUAUGUUAUCUUUUUGUAAAUAUCAGAAACUGUGAUUGUGUGUCUAGCUCUUUAAUUAAAAGUUGUUUUUAAAAAAAAAAUCUGACUCAAGUUUUAUGUUCCUUUACAGCCCAAGUAGUGCUGUGACAGUGUAAUUUGCUAGAGAAAUUCUUCCAGUAAACAAGCAUUACUUCUACCUUUUAUUGCCUGUUUUUGAAAAUUAGUUAUAUUUAAACAAGUAAUAAAAUGUAGAUGUCUGUAAUGGCAGGUGUUAAAGUAUGAAAUACAAACAAGACCACCACAACUGCUCCUGUCAAAGGCUUUUGUAAGCUUUGAAUAUUUAUUACAUUUACAAUGUGAGUAAAAUGUAUUGAUCUUGCCCACCAAAGUUUUUUUGUGUGCUGCCGUGUUUGACAGAUGAUUGUAUGUGUACUGGAUAUGAAAGAACUCUUGAUACACUGAAGUUCAAGAGUCCGUCAGAAGUUAUAAGCCCGGGCUUGAACUGCAUUUUUCAAACUGGGUGGGAUUUCAGACUCUGGAGGGAGUUUAAUAGUCAUAUUUCACAGAUUUUUUUGUAUGUCAUAACUUAAUUUUGUUUGUUUACAGUGUUUAAAUUUAUCUAGUCUUUCAAAUUUUUGAUAUUUUUAAGUUGAAAAAUUGUUUUGUAUGUAGAAAUUUUAAUUGAUUUUUAGCCAAAAAAUUGCAGCAGUAGUGUAAUACAAAACAAUCUACAGAAUGUGAAAUAUGCUAAGUAUGCAUCUUUUUACUGUUUUUCUUGUCAGAGUAUGAUUUUCUGUAGCUUUAAGACUAUUGAACAGGCAUAACAAUGUAAGAGUGAUUGUAGAAAUUUAAGAUACUUAGUUGAAAUAUAGUUAACAAUUGUUUCUUGGGUUGUACAGUAGUACAACCACUUUGCAUGCUGUGCCACUUUAUAGAUUCGGCGUUCUAAAUAAAAAUCCAGAGCCUCAUUUUGAGCAUGUUGUC